UUGAGUUUUAAUGAAGUAUCAAAAAUAAAAAAAGUCACGUUUAACUUUAGAACUGCCGAGGCAUGAGUGCUGGUUCGGUUGAAAUUUUUCUCCUGGUGGUGUUGAUUUUGGUUUAUGUUUAUUCUAAAUUGACAAAAAACUUUUACUAUUGGAAAAAACGUGGCAUUGCCGGUCCCGAGCCAAUAGUAUUUUUUGGCACCUUCAAAGAUGUCCUACUGCGCAAAGUACACUUUGCGGAUUAUCUCAAGUCCAUCUACGAUGCCUAUCCUGACGAGCCUCUGGUUGGACUCUUCAUGGGCAGGUCGAAGAUACUCCUCAUCAAAGACUUGGAAAUUAUCAAAGAUGUGAUGAUAAAGAGCUUCCCGAUUUUUGCCGAUCGAGGUGUCAAAGUUUACAACGACGUAGACCCGAUGACUCAAAAUUUAUUGUUCCUCGAACCAAAACGCUGGAAACCACUGCGCAAGAGGCUCACGCCGACCUUUACUUCGGGAAGGCUCAGAGAGAUGUUUUAUCUGAUCCUCGAGUGCGCAGAUCGUUUCGAAAAAUAUCUCGAAAAAUUAGUGAUCAAGGGCGAGCCCAUUGAGUGCUGUGAGGUCACAGCCAAAUACACGACUGACGUGAUUGGAAUAUGCGUUUUCGGAUUAAAUAUGAAUGCAAUAUCCGACGAGGAUAGCGAAUUUCGCAAAAUCGGCAGGAGCCUGUUUGCCAAUACUGUGCACAACCGGCUGAGAAGGUCACUCAAAAUACUUCCCCAUUGGCUGGCUCGAUUGGUCAAGCCUUUCAUUUACGAAAAAGGAACUGUCGACUUUUUCAUCAACACAGUGAAACAAACAAUGGAUCGCAGAGCAAAAAGCACUGCGAGGAGGAACGAUUUCGUCGAUCUGUUGAUGGACAUAAAGAAUGAUCCGAAAGAAAUUCACGACGAAGAAAUGACGGAUAUGCUAAUAACAGCACAAAUAUUUAUAUUUUUCAUCGCUGGAUUCGAAACCUCGUCUGCCACUAUGAGCCACGCCAUGUAUGAGUUGGCAAAAAAUUUGGAUGUACAAGAUAAACUACGAAAUGAAGUCAAAACAACGUUUGAGAAUAAUAACGGGAAGUUGAAUUACGACAACAUAAAGAAUAUGAAGUACAUGGACAAAGUAAUUAAAGAAACGUUGAGAAUGUACCCACCUGCAUUCGUCAUAACCAGAAAGUCUAUGGAGGAUCAUACGUUUAUUCUUAAGGACGUGAAAAUUCAAAUUCCAAAAUAUACGAAUAUUUUCAUUCCUACUCAUGCUAUACAUUACGAUAAAAAUAUUCAUGCCGAUCCUGAGAAGUUUGAUCCAGAAAGGUUUGACGAGCAAGUGGCCAGUAAAAGGCAUGAUAUGAGUUUCCUGGCUUUUGGAGAUGGACCAAGGAAUUGCAUAGGGGAAAGGUUUGCUCUGAACGAGACAAAAGUAGGUCUUGCUACUGUCUUACAAAAGUUUAAAUUUGAAAUAUGUGAAAAAACUGACUUGACUUACGAAAAAGAUAGCAACGUUUCACUUAUGGCACCCAAAAAUGGAAUAUACCUAAAAAUCUUACGUAAAUAUCCAACUGGAAGUAUCUUACAAAGAAAAGCUACUAGUGAGUAUACGUUUUCUGAGCAAAAAGUAACAAUACCAAAGGAUACGAAGGUCCUGAUCCCUGUAUGGGCAAUACACCACGAUCCAGAAAUUUUUCCUGAUCCCGAAAAAUUCGAUCCAGAACGAUUCAACGAAGAAAAUGAGAAAAUGAGACAUCCUAUGAAUUAUUUACCUUUUGGCGAUGGUCCGCACAAUUGCAUUGGAUAUCCAUUUGGGAUUUGUCAAACAAAAAUUGGAGUAAUCGCAGUAAUAAAGAAAUUUCAACUUGAAGUUUGUGAGAAGACCGACAUUCCUUACCAAAUCAAUCCUCGAGCUGCAGUAUCUACACCAAUUAAUGGAAUUCACUUAAAAAUUACAAAAUUAUAA